ACAUACACACACACACACACACACACACACACUCCUAGUCUUAUUCCUACAUUCAUUAGUCUGGUGUAGGUGUCCUACGUCAGCAGUCUUGCUACAGCGUAACCCUGGUUUAAGCGUCGUGGCGCAGGACUGACCCAGAUCCGUCUCCACCGCGUAAAGGGAAGCACGGGGUCUUGCUUUUCUGGGAAUAUAUGAGUUUCUAAACAGGAAAACUCGCCUUCUUCGAGAACAAUGAUCCGGACUUUGUGAGACUUGGGCUCCAUUAAAUCAGCUUUUUUCUAAGGACUUCCCCAUCUCUGCGUGCUAGUCGAGCAGUUCUCCGAUCUGUUCAACGCCUGGUCAGGUGAUUCUGUCUGUAGACGUGUCAUCAGAGGACUGAACAGCAGUGACGUGGGAGAGUGGACUCAGGGUCUGAGCACAUAAACCUUCCAUUCUGUCCCUCCAGACUCCUAUAGGCAUCAGUAAACUCCACCACACAAAUGUGUUCCUUUCCAAAAAGGCAGCAUUCCGAACUUACAGUUGAUUAGUUCCAUACAUCACCAUGACGGAAUACAAGGACACGACCACCCGCCACCUGAGGCACAAGCUGCAGAGUUUGGGCCGGCGUCUGGACGAGCUUGAGGAGGCCACAAGUAAACUCCAGAAGGCCGAGGAUGAACUUCUAGAACUCCAAGACAAGAUCAUCCAGGCCGAGGGCAGCAAUUCCCCCUUACUCGGAGAUGUUGAAGUGCUGCGGAAGAGAGUCCUCAAAAUCGAGGGGAAGGACGAGGAGGUGAGGAAGGCAGAAGACCUCUGCCGUUUGGUGAAGGAGAAGCUGGAGGAGGAGGAGAAUCUGACCAGGGAGCUUAAAGCAGAAAUUGAGCACCUUCAACGCCGGAUGACCGAAAUGGAGAAGCUGGAGGAAGCGUUUGGGAAGAGCAAGUCAGACUGUGCUCAGCUUGGGCUCAGUCUUAACGAGGAGAAAAACCUUACCAGGAAGCUCUCAUCUGAGCUGGAGGCUCUGAAGGCCCGCAUGAAGGAGGUGGACUCCAAUGAGGCUAGACUCAGCAGGACAGAGCAGGUCCUGACUGCCGAGAUGGAGAAACUCAAAGGCCUAGCUCAGACAUUUGUGGUGGAACGCAAAAGGCUCCUGGAAAAGCAGAGAGAGGACGAGAAGAUCAUUCUCAAGCUGACUGAGAAGCUCGAGCGUCAGAAGGCGAAACUCGGGUCAUCGGAGCACAGAUUCAAUGAGUCCCGAGAUCUGCGGAUUGAGGAGAUCUCGGAUGACAUUGGGUUGAGGAAUAAAUCGGAGAAUGAGAAAAACAGCUUAGAGGGCCAAGAGGACAACAAGAUCAAAGAUCUUACGCAGGAAAUGGAGAAGCUCCAGAACCGUCUGAAACAGCUGGAGAUGGUGGAGGAGGACCUGAAAAACACGGAUUUAAAGAAUGCCGAGCUGGCAGAAAGGUUCCAGCAGGAGAAGAAUCGUAGCCAAGCACUAAGUGACCAACUGGAGCAGCUGAAAGUGAAGCUUUUUAGCAACAGCAGUAACGGAAGCUCGGUGGUGUCUAGCAUGGCGAAGGUUCUUGAGAACGGGAAAGCUGAGAAUGAGGAGAUCAACGUGCGAGGAGGGUUCCGGCCGGAAAAGCAAAAGCCGAGGAAUGUUGCUUCCCCAGAGACAGUUACAAAGUUUAAAACCAAAGAUAUCACAUCGCAGCAGAGGAAGCCGAUAAAUAAAGACCUCAGCCACUCUGUGGAGAACUCCCCGAAGACUCCACGGCGGGCUCUGAGUCCUGCCCAUGUGGCCAAGAAAACUGGGUUGAAAACUGGGUCUUCACAUAGUGCUGACAAUGGCCUGAAAGAUGGCAAGGGCAUUGAGGAAAAACUUGGAAGUGCUUUUCAGCCCACAACCAGCUCAUCAAGUGACAACAAGAAAGUUUCAGUACUCAGCCGUUACCCUCCUGCUGCCAAUGACCAGAAGCCCGGGAAGGUGUCUACUAAGCCAGGAGACACUGAAAACAAGAAGAUAAGAGCUGAUAAGUUUCCCAGGUUGUACAGUGGGAGCGACUGCGACUCAAGCUGUUCUGAUGUAGUUGUGAACAGCUCAAAUAAGAUAGUUUGUGCCUCCCCACCUGGAAAGUCCUCUGUGUCAGAGUCCUUAGGUCCUUCACAGGAGGCAGCUGCAGUGUUGAGUUCAUCCCAGGCAAAUGGGUCUUGCACUGCCUACAGAACCCAUACAAACCCAACACGUUCUGGUGACCUUGUAUCCGAGGGUCACUCCUCUGCCUCAGAACCUGAGUCCAUGGGAUCAAAGCAUUCGGUGGGGGAGCGAGACGUCUCUACAUCUCUAACGUCUGUUUUAGGUGACAGAACGACAAACUCCAGGUUAUCCAGAUACUCCCGGCUGCAGGACUCUCAUUCGGGUCGAUCGUCCACCAGGAGUUCUUACGACGAGGAGCAGCACAGGGCUCUGAUGACGGAAGGUGGAGCUCAGGAACCGGUUCAGACGUGCUCUGGGAUUGAGAUCCAGCGCAUGUGCAGUCCACGGGAGGCCUUUCGCUCAAAGGCAGUCAUCAAACCAGCUAUUGUGGAGUACGACAGGAAGGAAGUGAUGUCAGGAGGGAGCACCGAACCAGUGUCUCCAAACGGGAGGUCCAAAAUCUCCACCAAACCCAACAAGAUGACCAGCAGCAUCACUUUCUACCCCAAUGACCCUGGUUCUUCACGGACCAGCAGUCGAAGCAGUAGUGUCUCGAGUGAACCGUCGUCCAGGGAGCGGCACACCUCCACCAGCAACAUUGUUAUUGGGCCCAGCACUGACAGCAGGGGCAGUAUCUCCAUCCCCUAUGAAAUAUCCAUUCCCAAGAGUGACCUCACGCUACGGCCUGGUGAGGGCAACCGUGACAGCGCUGAGCCUCCUCGCGUGGAAGCAACCAUUCUGUCCCGAGGUGGCCUCAGUCUUCAGUCCCCAGAAACAUUCUCUGACUCCAAUGACACAGAAUCUGGGUUUGAGAGUACCACCACCACCACCGUCACCAGAUGGAGGAGCCACUCCAACAGCCAUUACUUGUCCCAGGAUGACGGCGUACCAGAGAUGAGGAACGUGACGGUCAGGAAUACUUGGAGGAAUCGAGGGGCGGUCUCUGCGGACGAACUGGGCCAGGGACUGAGGCACGAUGGUUCAGAGGAUGAACUGGAGCCCGCCACAACAUGGCGGGCAUACAGAGCUACCACAGUCCUGGAAACGGAGGAAACGCUUCCAUCCUCCAGUACGACCACGCGAGGUGCGAAGCCAAGUCCAGCAGAGGUGUACAUGCGCAGGAUCAGCAAUCCGAGUACAUCUCGAGAUGCUCUAGAGCCUUUGCGUAGGAACAAGGGAGCUGUAUCGACACUAGAUGUUGGACCUCAGAGGUGUAUCCCUCACGAGCCUGUCACUGCACAGGAAAUGCAGCCAAGGAUGCGAAAAGCGCCCAUCGUUGUCGGCGAGAGCAAGCCCCCUCCGAGCACGUGGAGAAAGCAGCCGGCAGCUGAGCAGGAAGCGGCCGAGCGAGCCGGAGCGCGAGGGGCAUGGUCCAGCAGGGGGCGACCCUGGAGUAGCCGCCAACCCGACAACUGACCAGUCACUCCAUACCUCAAGCGCAGAGGUCCUGCGUGUGACGCUGCUGACGUGUACUCAGGCUUCAUCUCCGCCAUCCCAGGAUCCCAGCGUCUCUCCUCCACGAGCUGGCUCCGCCCACCCAUGCUCUCAUGGAUCCUGGCUCCUCCUAUAUCUCGUAGUCUGUCCUGGCUCCGCCCCCUGCACCUGCCAUGGCCUUCAUCACUUCUAAACUGUGGCUCUGGAAAAAAGAGAGAGAAAAGGAAGGGUGCUCUUUCUCUUCUGACCAUUGGCUGUUUUUCUCCCUUACAUGUCACCAUCAGGGGCUUGGUUACAUGACUGUAACUACAGAGCAGGACAUGGAGGUGGGGAGUGCUUCAGGGAGGAUGCACCAUUUUGGACGGACCCCUUUAGUACCUCUGCAAUGAGAGAUGCAUGCUGGGUAUCUGAGUUUGGGUUCAUGCCAUCAGCAAGGAGCAAAUUGUUUUUGAUCAGCAUCUGUUUCGAUUUUUUUUUUUCCUUCUCAUGGUGUUUUCUAGUUCAGAAAUUAAUUGGGAUUGUUGCACAUUUAUUCAUUGUCUGUCCACAGUCCACAUCUAUA